CGCCGGUCGGGCAAGCGAGGAAGGCUGUUGGGAAGGUCGCUCUCUUCCAGCGUGGUCGACAGGCCACGCUGGAGCAGCCCGCGGGUUGUCUGCCUGGAAGGUGCUUGGACCGGGGGGAGGCUGCUUUUAGGGGCACUUGUCUUUCUGUUUCAGUCCCUGGUCUUGGUGUCUCACCUUCCCUACGUGAAUCUCUUCCACUCUCUGCUGCACCUCAUCGCACCUGAAUACUUUGAGAAGCUCGAUCCAUGUCUGGAGGCAGUGUGCAGUGAGAUUGAUCAGUGGCCGCCCCCUGUGCCUGGCCAAACGCUGAACCUCCCGGUGAUGGGGGUUGUUAUUCAGGUGAGGAUUCCUUCCCGGGUGGACAGGCCUGACUCCUGCCCCGUCAAGCCACUGAUUCAGGAGAACCUCCUGCCUGCUCCCCUCAUCCUCCCCAGUGUUUCUGAACUGGACCUCUUCAGGUGCUUCCAGUCGGUGCUGGUCCAUAUUCAGCUGCUGUGGGAGCUCAUUCUGCUUGGGGAGCCCCUGGUUGUCGUGGCUCCAUCCCCCGCCGUGUCCUCCGAGGUGGUCCUUGCCCUAGUCAGCUGCCUUGCGCCCUUGAAGUACUGCUGCGAUUUCCGCCCCUACUUUACUAUCCACGACAGCGAGUUCAAGGAGUACACAACGCGGACCCAGGCCCCCCCCAGCGUGCUCUUGGGAGUCACAAAUCCCUUCUUCAUCAAGAUGCUGCAGCACUGGCCCCACAUCCUUCGCCUUGGGGACCUCCGGAUGGCCGGGGACUUGCCCAAGCAGGUCAAAUUGAAGAAACUUGCCAAGCUGAAAAUACUGGACACCAAGCCAGGACUUUACACGUCAUACAAAAUGUUCUUGCACAAGGACAAGACGCUGAUCAAGAGGCUCUUAAAGGGCAUCCGCAAGAAGCGCCCGUCUGAGGCCCAGAGUGCCCUGCUGAGACGCCAGCUCUUGGAGCUCACCCAGAGCUUCAUAAUCCCCCUGGAGCACUACAUGGCCAGCCUCAUGCCUUUGCAGAGGACCAUCACCCCGUGGAAGACUCCCCCUCAGAUCCACCCUUUCCAUCAGGAAGACUUCCUGAAGACCUUGGAACAUGCUGGGCCCCAGCUCACCUGUAUGCUCAAGGGGGAUUGGCUGGGCCUUUACAGGCGGUUCUUCAAGUCACCCAACUUCGAUGGCUGGUUUCGUCAGAGGCACAGAGAGAUGAGGCACAAGCUGGAAGCCCUGCGCUUGGAGGCUGUCAGUGAAGCGAACAUCAGGGCCUGGAUGAUGGACAAAUCUGAGGCAGAGGCCGUGGACAUGGUGCUGAAGCUGCGUGAGAAGCUGGUGCAAGCCAGGAGCCAACACCUCCCUGUGAAGGAGGAGACGCUGCAGCGCGUGCAUCAGCACAUCACUGUUGUGGUCAGGUCGCUGCCGGAGGAUCUCCAAGCCAUUCUGUGUCACCAGUAAACACAGAAUGGGGGGAGUUCAGGGGGUGAGACUUAGGAGGGAGGGGGCUUUCCCUCUGAGCUCUGUGGUGGCCCAUUUGCACUGGUUAGGUGGGCUGUGAACGAAGAAGUUGCCUAGCCUGUAUGGAACCAGAGCGGCACAGCUGGGGUGUGUGUUUGUGUGGGAUGUGCAAUGGUGGUGUAUUCCCAAGAGAAAUAAUAAAGCUUAAUUAUCAGAAGGUCCCUCAA